CCAAGUGCAUUUAUGGACAUUGCAGCACUCAUUUUUGACGUCUUGACAAAUAACUGUAUUUAACUAUACGGUUAAAAAACUACGCACCAAAAUGGAGUUUGCAAUGGUCGGGGCAGAUAGCGGUGGGUGCAACCCUCACUUGCCGUACGGAUAUGCCCAGGCACGCGCCAGGGAGAGGGAGCGCGAGCGAGAGAGACAUUCACGCGCGGCGGCGGCGGCGGCAGCCGCCGCGUCCGAGGCCGGGGCUGCAGGAGACGGAGGUGGCGGUGGAAGUGGUACUGGAGGUGGCCCGAGCACCCACCCAUACGGGCAGCCAUAUCAGACUCGCACCUCCUCCUCUACUAAUGCCAACCACGGGAGCGCAGGGACUGCCUCGCGCCCCUCCUCCUCCUCCUCCACUCAGCAGCAGUUCGAGCCGCAGCAGCAACUUCUGAGAGAGCGCAAAAAGCAGAGAGGAGUCGCGCGCUGGAGGCGGCACCGCGCCACUCUCGGAGGCGACCUGCGCCACUCUGAGCUGGCGCUUCUAGGCUCCGAGGAGGACGUUAUGAUAGAAGAGGACGAGGAGGCCGAGGGCGACGAGGAAGACGACGACGGGGGAAGCAAGAGAUCGAGUUUUGUCUAUAACAUGGACGACGAGGAGACAGCGUCUCUCACGGACAGACGUCCACAGUCCGGGUACGAGAACGUUUACAGCGAGUACGGCUGCUGCGAAAGAGUGGUGAUCAACGUGUCCGGUCUGAAGUUUGAAACUCAGCUCAAGACUCUCGCCCAGUUUCCCGACACGCUCUUAGGGGACCCGGCUAAGCGGAUCAGGUACUUCGACCCGCUGCGCAACGAGUACUUUUUUGACAGGAAUCGACCGAGUUUUGACGCGAUUCUGUAUUUUUAUCAGUCAGGCGGACGACUAAAGAGACCCGUCAAUGUACCUUUCGACAUCUUUUCCGAGGAGGUCAAGUUUUACGAACUUGGCGACGAGGCCAUGAUGAAGUUCCGCGAGGACGAGGGCUUCGUCAAAGAGGAGGAAAAACCGCUGCCUGAGGAUGAAUUCAAGCGGCAGAUUUGGCUCCUGUUUGAGUAUCCCGAGAGCUCCAGCCCCGCCAGAGGCAUCGCCGUGGUGUCUGUUUUGGUUAUCGUCAUAUCAAUAGUUAUUUUCUGUUUGGAAACGUUACCAGAAUUCAGGGACGACAAAGAUUUCCUAAGCCCAGGUAAAAACGCGACGCAUACAGAGAACGGAUUUACUCCCUUCAACGAUCCAUUUUUCAUUGUGGAGACGGUAUGCAUUAUCUGGUUCUCUUUUGAGAUAAUUGUGCGCUUUUUCGCCAGUCCGAGCAAAGCCUCUUUCUUUAAAAACAUCAUGAACUCUAUAGACAUUGUCUCCAUUUUGCCUUAUUUCAUAACUCUGGGCACGGACCUCGCGCAACAGCAGGGCAACGGGCAGCAGGCCAUGAGCUUUGCCAUCUUGAGAAUAAUCAGACUGGUCAGGGUUUUCCGGAUCUUCAAGCUCUCCCGACACUCCAAAGGACUCCAGAUACUCGGGCACACUUUGCGCGCAAGCAUGCGCGAACUGGCGCUGCUCAUCUUCUUUCUCGUUAUUGGGGUGGUGCUGUUCUCCAGCGCCGUGUACUUUGCAGAGGCUGACGAGCCCAAGUCACAGUUCACGAGCAUCCCGGACGCCUUCUGGUGGGCCGUGGUUACCAUGACGACUGUAGGCUAUGGAGACAUGAAGCCCAUAACAGUCGGCGGGAAGAUAGUGGGCUCGCUGUGCGCAAUCGCUGGCGUCCUCACCAUCGCGCUUCCAGUGCCCGUCAUCGUGUCCAACUUUAAUUAUUUCUACCACCGGGAGACUGAUAACGAUGACCAGACGCCCGCGGUAGAGUACCCUCCCCCGGGAUGCCCGUACUUCCCGGACUUUUUGAAAAAGUUCAAAAGCUCUCCAUCCGGUUCGUCACUAGGCGACAAAGCCGCCGAGUACAUGGAGAUGGAGGAAGGCGUCACGGAGUCACUUUGCGGCAUAGACAAACAGAGUCCAAAUAGAGGGAACGGCACGGACCUUGGCAGAAGAAACAGUACACAUUCAAGAAGCAUACAGACAGAUGUAUGAUUAUAAAUAAUCACACUGGUGACUUUCUGUGGAGGGUUUUGUCAAGAUGAUUGCACAAUUCACUUAUCAGCACACAUGCACGCCCAGGUGCGCAAGUUGCGCGCUCGGACGCACACACCCACACAAACGCGCCUAUUAACAGACAUGCACAAAAGGAAAAAAAAAAGAAGAAAAAAAGCACGCACGCACACACGCACGCAGGCACACGUUUAAUUUGUCGUGGACCUAGGCAGCAAGCAUUCUUUGCGAUGUGGCUACUUUUCUAGAGAAACACACCCUGUAAUCAAAUAACAGGCGACGCAAAAAUCACCAGCUUUACGUAACAUGGAGAGGUGUGAGUUCUGGCCCAUCUACACUCUAGGCAGCAGAAUUUCCCGGUUUAAAAAGAACGGUAUACAAACCAAGUAUUUUUGCAUAGGCACUUUAUAAGUUACAUUUGUCUGAAGACGUAAAUGUUAGAACAAGAAGCAAGCUGUUAACGUAAGGUUGUUAUGCAAUAAAAGUUUAAACCAUUUGCACUAUCAUUAAAUAUGUUCUAUUCUCAAAACAGAUUCAACCUGACACAGGUCUUUGAGAGAGUGAGGUUGAGAAAGGGAGAGAGAGACAGAGAGAAAGAGAGAGAAUUCAAUAGCUAUUUAGAAACAAAUGCACAGUUAAACAUUGUCUAAUAUAUUUUCAGCUAUUUAGUUCUGACAGUAGCACAUGCCACAAUUAACUGCCCUCUGGUAAAAAAAAAAAAAAAUUAGCCACCACAUUAAUGUCAGAGGUGUUGCAUUAUUUUGAGAGCGUUAAACAAAUCAGCCAUUUUUUACAUUUUACCACAAUUCUGGGAUCAACACCUAAACGUAGAUGUCACCCCAUAAUUGGCUUAAACCAGGCCAAAAUACUGGUAUCUCAUCUCACAUCAUCAUGUCUCUGACGCCCUGGCUGAAAAGGGACAGUCCUGUCACUGGGGUCAUAGUGCUGCCACGGGAAUAAGUUUUUUGUUCCAGAAGGGAAUGCUUCAUGCAACUGUUUACUUUGCGUCCCUUUAACCAAAAUGACUCUGCAUCCCUUUACAAGGACGCCGACUGGAAAAGGAAAAACACCAACAGCUCUUAUGGCAACACGAACCGGCUGGCACUUUGCACUUGUGCUUUGGUGACCUUUAUGCAUUGAAAAAAAAAAAAUCACCUCUGGAUGGAAAAAAAAACGGUCUUCCUGGCGCACACAGGGACCACACGGUCUCACAGGAGUGCCUCACUGUGCAAGUGUAUCUUGUCCACUGGAAUGAAAGCCGCCGUUGAACCGAGCUCCCACUUGCAAAAGACAGAUGAUGACGGAGCUGUCACAGACAUCGGAGAAACAAAACAUUAAAAAAACAAAACAAAGCCUGACCCAGAGAGAGAGAGAGAGAGAGAGAGAGAGACCACUGCUGGACAGUAGAGGAUAGCGAGGACACUGCUUGCUCUUCUACCACCUAUAAGACAGGAAGUCUAUCUUCACCCCGGGCGUCAGUCACUGUUUAAAUCCUGUCCCUGAUGAAUGCCUUAAAGACACAACUCACUACAUCUCUGCGCAGAGGGAUACACAGUAGGAGUCUUCUAAAAAAAAACGAAAAACAAACAAAAAAAACAACACAGAAAAAUAGCUUAAUUUUUUUUUGGACAUGUUUUUUCACUUGUGAACAUGUGUCUUGUACAAAAACAGAUGUGGAUAUUUUAAUAUAAUAGAGAAAUAUUUGUUUGGUUGUAAAUGUGGACACUGGUUCCCAUUAGGUCGGAUCGGUAAGAAGAGAAUCGCGAAGCAAAGCGAAUCAGGCUCUGCUCUUUGUCUUAAGUGUGCAGUUUUUACCCUCCUUCUGUUUCAACCAAAGCUACACUCUAAUAUGGUCUGGUGUUAGCUUGGAGUUUGUCCCAAGGCCAUUCAUUAGCAGUGUAAUCAUGCAGCAAGAAAAACAACAAACAACAACAAACAACAACAACAACACCAACAACACACCAUCACUUCCCUUGUCAUUGAAUUCAGUAGUCGUGCCGCAGCAGGCAAAGCAAAGAUCUAGCAUCCCAACAGCUAUACAGUGCAUUCUUAGCAGAUGUGUAUUUCGUAUUUAACAAAGUGCUGUACGAUCCAAUUAUGAACAUGCAAGUGUUUAGAGUACAUCAAUAUGUAUAAAUAUUUCUAGCACACAAUUAAUGUAAAGCAAGCAAACAAACAAGGAGCUAGAAUGUCUCCUCAGGAAUGAAUGCAGUAUGUACAUACCGGUUACAACAUGAAGGCUUUUCCUGCCAGGUGUGAUGUUUGGCUUCAUCUGUAUGAGUUCAUUCUUGGAGUUAUGCCGAACGCUCAGAUGGCAGGCUCGGCCCGCUGGUAACGGCA